AUGGUGCGUCACUCCCCCAGACCUGACUCCUGGCGUGCAGUCAACCCUUUAGAGCAAAUCAUGCUCGAGCCCUACACGCCCUCCAAGCCCGAUAUCAUCACCGUAAUCUUCUCUCUCAACUCCUCAGUCACCACCACGUUCUUGCACGAAACUCUGCUCCCCCGCCUCCUCACGCACCCCCGUUUCUCCGCCCAUCUUGUCCGCUCCGCCGGCGGCACCUUCCGCUUUGAGCCCGACCCGAAUCCCGACUGGUCCUCCCACCUCAUCUGCGAACCGUCCCUCUCCGAUCAAACCAGCGAGGACCACCACCAUCUCUUCAACGCUCGCUUGGCCGAUAUCAUCUCCACCCCGCUCGACCUUACUAAGCCCCUCUGGCGCACCCAUUUGUUUUCCAACUGGUCCAUCUCGCGCGGUGAGUGCAACGCCUGUACCCUUGUCCUCCGCGUCCACCACUCCCUGGCCGAUGGUGUCGGCCUCGUUAAGUAUUUUCUGGCUACCGUUGUCGACAAGGACGAUCAUGACAACCCGGCUCGCCUUCUUGUUCCCACCAGAAGAUCCACUGGAAAUCCCGAGGUCCGCUCCGGGUAUUUCACAUGGAUCCGAGACUACUUCCAUGAUAUUGCCCGCAUUUUCAUCAGGCCGUUCUUCAAGGACCCAGUGUGCGUUCUCACCCGUGCCACAAUGACGGAAAAGAAUAUCUGCGCGCUUGCGGCCCCCGAGCAAGUCACUGUGGCGACGCUCAAGCUCGCUGCCAUGCAGCUCAAUGUAACAAUCAAUGACUUGAUGUUUGCUGCGUUUUCGGGCGCCGUCAGGGAGUACGUUACGAGGUUUGGGGAAGACCCGUCGGCGCUGAAGGGGCUGAAUGUGGCCAUGCCAUUCAAUUUGCAUGUGUUUAAUGAGUUUUCGAUGAGCGAUGUAUCGAACCAGCUGCUGAUGGUCCCUGUAGCACUGCCAGUACACCUAAGAGAGCCCACAGAGAGGUUGCUCGCGUGUUCCAAGUCGAUGAAGCGGCUGAAGAGGAGCUAUCAGCCGAUUUUCGCGACUGUGGCCAUGCGCCAGCUUGCGGUUUUGCCGGCGGCCCUUAGGAGAAGGAUGUGGCAUGUGGUGGCAAGCUCGGCGUCGGUGCUGUUUUCAAACGUGGCAGGGCCCACGAAGAAAAUGCUCAUCGGAGGUGUAGCCGUCGAUGAGGUGUAUUUCUUUCCCCCACCUGAUGCGCAUGUUGGUAGCGAUAUUGGCCUGUUUUCGUAUGCAGGAAAGGUUUUUAUAGGGGCGGCAGGGGAUGCUAAUAGAUUGGCUGAACCGCAAAAGUUGCUUGAUUACCUUGUAGAAGAGCUUUUGGGAUUUUUUGAGCUAGGGAAGAGUGUAGCUCGUAGUGCUCCCAUCGAACGAUAACAAACAGAAUAGGCCUCUCUAUAUUUAAGAAUUCAGCCCUGGAUUUGCAGCUGCUGCACAACAACGGUUUUCGUUGAACCGUGAUUGAAGGGGUUGGUGUCACGAGCAAAUAGAGGUCCUGUGGUCAUUCCACAGACUCUCUGAUUGUGGGAAGGAGACAUAGUCUUACAAAUUGGAGGAAUUGGAAACUAUCCCCUGCAUUGCGUAUGAGAGUGCGAUGAUAGCGCUUCUGAAAGAACUGCGAUUAAGGUCGAGGCAUGUCCGAUGAUCUCGGGGAUUGCAGCAGAACGCGGCACACCGUCUGAGAGUGCUCGAUGGUCAAAAAAAAUCUGUUGGGCUGAGAGGUGGCUAAACCCGUACAAACGUCAUCAGAAGAAUUGCGAAAGUCCAUAGCAAGAUUAUUACACAGCAACUUUACUACGGGUCUUAUAUGCAGUCGUUAACUAUAGACAUGGGAAGAAUUUAUCCUACCGAGAAGAAGCCCCGGUAGGAUAGAAACUACUAGUGUCUAGACGACAAGCAAUUUGACCUCAUAUGAGGUCAGUCAUGGCCUCAUAUGAGGCCAGCUUUUUUUUUGCAAAAA